CCAACACAUGCUCGUUUCUUCCUUUCCCUGCGCUGGUGAAGCCGUAACCGGUCUGCCGUCUUGCGCUAGGUCAUGACCCUGUAGAUCAGGCCCAAGUCGGAAUGCCUCCAGAUCAAGACUUACAACGAUCAGCACCAACCCCACGCAAUACCGAAUAGCUGAUCAGGGCGCCGAAAAACAUUGCAACGUUGGUUCCGAGACGGUUGGCCCUUGCCGGAAGGCCAAAGGGACAAGAAGGCCAUUAAGUGGAGACCGAGGGAAAAGAAGUAGCCCUAUACCGCCUUGCCAUUUCUUUGUCAUCUCGACGACGCUGACCUCAAGACACCAUGCCCUCGACUCCGAAUCCAACGCGCCGCCGACGCAUGUCAGCACAAACAUACCACACCUUCUCGACUCCUCCGCCCAAAUCCCGAGGGCGGCCCUUAUCAAGCGAGUCAACUUUAUCGAGUUCCAAUGGCGAAGCAGAAUCUUCCGUCACUGAAUCUCCUCUUCCUACCGAACAAAUGGCUAUCCUCGCGGUCAUUGCACUCUGCGAACAGACCGCUUUCAACUCCAUAAGCCCCUAUAUCCCACACAUGACAGCUUCGUUUCCGAAUGUGAGCCAUGGCCAGGUAGGGAUGUAUGUGGGUGUAAUCGCAUCUGCAUUUGCGCUGGCGCAGUUUGCAACGAACUUCUUCUGGGGCUGGGUAUCGGAUCGCAUUGGUAGAAAACCGGUGAUUCUCUUGGGGACGAUUCUUAGCGCCGGCUGCUUUCUAGCCUUUGGGUUUUGCAAGACGCUUUGGCAGGCCAUCGUUGUUCAGGCGCUGUUGGGAAUAGUCAAUGGAAACCAGGGUGUCGUCUCUACUUGUUUGGGCGAGAUUACUGAUCGCUCUAACCAAUCUCGCGCUUUUACAUACUUACCAGUGAUUUAUGGGAUUGGAGGGGUUACUGGUCCAAUAAUUGGUGGCCUCCUUGUUUCGAAGUCUAGCCAAAUGAACGAAAACUAUCCUUAUUUGACCCCCAACAUCGUCUCAGCUGUCAUCCUAACGCUAGACUUCACCUUAGCAUCUCUAUUCUUGCAGGAAAGUCUUGAAAACUCGACCACGCUUCCUAAACUAGAGAAGAAAAUGCGCGAGUUGUUCACAUGGCUUUGGCAAUUUACCAGCUCUUCAAGACCGACAUACCUACAAACACCCCGUCCCAAUCACCAACACCACAGCCCGAGCGCAGAACAACAGAGCUAUUCCUCGGUGUCAGGCGAGGAAACCGAUGCCGAUAUCGAUUCCUCUUCCGCGACACCAAACACUGGGCUAUUCCAUCUACCAAAUAACUCCAGCGGGCUCGAACGGGAUGAAAUCUUCAAUAGAGACACGGUCCUCUUACUCAUUACCUAUUUGAUAUUCGCAUUAACUAAUGUCGCGUUCAACUCUCUUUAUCCCAUCUUCGGUCAAGCAGCACUGCCGACGGGUCGCGAACUCAGCCCUGGCGAAAUCGGACUCUCACUCGCCUUUGCAAGCAUUGUGUCGAUUGCGUUCCAGAUUUGUAUAUUUGGGAGACUUCGAGACAAGAUGGGCAACAAAUGGUCAUAUCGAGCCAGCCUGCUCGGAUUCGUUAUUUCAUUUAUCUUGAUGCCAUUUGUCGGGUACAAGGACGAUACUGCGACAGGGGGGGGAAUCUCCAAGAGCACAAUCCUUCUCGCGAUUGAAUUAUGUGUGGUUCUGCUGGUGAAAACAGUAGCCGCCGUUGGUGGCCUGACCAGCGCUCUUCUCUUGAUCACCAACUCUGUCACGAACACUCAUGCCUUAGGCUCUCUAAAUGGGCUUGCCCAGACUCUAUCUGCCUUAGGACGGGCCGUAGGCCCAUUUCUAUCAGGUAGUCUCUUCACCCUCGCAACACGAAUCGAACCCAAAGGCGAGGCAAUGGCCUUUGGUGUUUUCGGUGGUGUUGCGUUCCUCGGUUUCCUGCUAAGUUUCGGGAUCAAAGCCAAUAAACUCGAGGCUGCUGGGUUCGUCGAUCAUGACAGCGCCGAUCACUAUAAAUCCGAUGAUGAAGAGACUUUGUUAUGAGGCUUGGUGGUUUUUACCCAUGUCAUUAUCAUCUUUCCAUUUUUAGUUUAUAUUUUAUUUUGGCUUGCUUACAAAAGUUAAAAAGAACUCCAGCGGAUUUUUGACGCGCGGAGAGUCGUUUGGGUAUUCUGCCUCGCCACCAGCCCCCUCCUCUCCUGUCGUAUAUUUAUACAUCCCCAUCCCUCUAUAUAACAGAACAUCGGUGGCUUGUUUUCCCAUAUCGCUUCCACUUCCAUUGUUGCUCUCUCCUUGCCACGCCUUUUAAUGAUAUUACGCGGUCGCUCAUGAUUUUUAUACUAAUUUGACAGGUGUUCCGGAUUUUAAUUUUUUCCUUCGCUGGCUUACCUCGGAUCGUUAUAAAAAUAGAGCAUAGAGAGGCGAAUGAUCAAAACGAUCCAAAAACAAGGCCCUCCUACGUUUUUUUUGUACAUAUUCUUAACCCAGAGGGCCGCUGUCAAUUUUAAUUUCCAUUCUCUUUCCUG